AUGUCGGAUCCAUUUUCAAUUAACGGUGGUGCAGCAGUAGCCAUGAUUGGUAAAGACUGUAUAGCUAUAGCCAGUGAUUUGAGAUUAGGACAACAAUCACUUGGUGUGAGUAAUAAUUUCGAAAAAAUUUUCAGUGUUGGUGAUAAAACUUUUUUGGGAUUAACUGGAUUAGCCACUGAUGUUAUUACUUUAAAAGAAUUAUUUAGAUUUAAAACCAAUUUAUAUAAAUUACGAGAAGAACGUAAUAUUGAACCAUCAACAUUAGCAAAUUUGGUUAGUUCAUCAUUAUAUGAAAGAAGAUUUGGACCUUGGUUUGUUAGUCCCAUUGUUGCUGGAUUAAGCAGUAAAGAUAAUAAACCAUUUAUUUGUGGAUUUGAUUCUAUUGGAUGUAUUGAUUUUAGUCAUGAUUUUAUUGUUAGUGGUACUGCUAGUGAUCAAUUAUAUGGGAUGUGUGAAAGUUUAUAUGAACCAAACUUGGAACCAGAAGAUUUGUUUGAAACUAUUAGUCAAGCCUUGUUGAAUGCUGUUGAUAGAGAUGCCUUGAGUGGAUGGGGUGCUGUUGUAUACAUAGUGACUAAAGAUAAAGUGAUUAAAAGGGUGUUAAAGACUAGACAAGAUUGA